AUGGACCGAUCCGUCAAGACACCGGUGACGUUUGCCGCGACGGAGCCGGGGCCGACGGACAAGAGCUCGGGCAGUAACUGGUACCAGCACACCGACGAUAGCGCCGCCUCGCGGACGUGCGUGUCCUCGUCGGGCGAGGAGGGCCACGACAGCAAGGGCAAGCCUGGGGAGGCGAUGCCGCUGUCUCGGGCCAAGGCCAUUGCCCUCGUCAUUACCCUGACGGGGGCGGCCUUUAUAAAUACCCUUUCUGCUCAGAGCGUUGUCAUCAUCCUCCCCGCCAUGGGCAAGUCGCUCGACAUCCCCGACAGCCGCUUGCAGUGGAUCGUGUCCGCCUACUCCCUCACCUUUGGCUGCUUCCUGCUGCUCUGGGGCCGCAUCGCCGACAUCUUUGGCAAGCGCUUCAUCUUCAUCGCCGGCUCCAUCUGGGUCACCCUCGCCACCGCCCUGAACCCGCUCAUGCCCAACGAGAUAUCCUUUGAUCUUUUUCGGGGUCUGCACGGACUGGGCGCCGCGGCAAAUGUUCCCACGGCAAUCGGCAUUCUCGGCGUCACGUUCCCACCAGGAAAGGCCAAAAACUAUGCCUUUGCCACGUACGGAGCCGGUGCGCCUCUCGGAAGCAUCUUUGGCAGCAUCCUGUCCGGCGUCAUUGCCCAGUACGCCAGCUGGAAGUGGGUGUUUGGCUGCAUGGCCAUCAUGGCGGCCGCCAUCUCCGUCGCCGGCUUCGCCCUCGUCCCUCACGACCCGGCGCUGCCCAAGCUCGCUGGCGGCGAGGAGGAUACCAUCGCGGCGCGGCUCCGGCUCGUCGACUGGAUCGGCGGCGCGCUCAUCACCGUCGCUCUCUUCGCGCUGCUCUUCGCGCUGACCGAGGGCAACGUCGUCGGCUGGCAAACGGCCUGGGUCGGCUGCCUGAUCGUCAUCUCAGUACUACUCCUCGUCGCCUUCUUCUUCUGGCAGCGGCACCUCGAGAAGCGGCAGCGGCAGGGCCUCGGCGGCGGCCGGCCUCCCCUGAUGAAGGUGUCCAUGUUCCGCAGCCGCCAGUUCACCGCCGUCAUGGCCAUCAUGUGCCUCUUCUUCGCCUCCUUCAACAACUUCCUCGUCUUCGCCACCUACUACUACCAGGACUACCUCGGCUACGACCCGCUCCAGACCAUGCUGCGCUUCCUGCCCACCGGCGUCGGCGGCAUCUUCGUCUCCUUCGCCGUCGCCUUCCUCCUCAGCCGCGUGCCGACCGCCUUCAUGCUCAUCUGCGGCACGCUCUCCGUGUCCAUCUCGAACCUGCUGUUCGCGGUGCCCAUCCCCGUCACCACCUCGUACUUUGCGUGGGGCAUGUGGGCGAUGCUGCUGUCCGUCGUCGGCGCCGACCUCACCUGGCCGUGCCUCACCUUCUUCACGUCGCAGGCGCUGCCGGCCGAGGACCAGGCGAUCGGGGGCGCGCUCAUCAACGCCGUCGGGCAGAUGGGCCGCGCGAUCGGGCUCGCCAUCGCCACGGCCGUACAGACGGCCGUGCUGGCGAAGCAGCGCGGCGUGUCAGUUGAGGCGGUCGGUCCGGUCCGGGAGAUGGACGCUGCGUCGCUGGCGAGCAUUCGGAUAGCAAGCUGGUUUAAUUUUGCAAUAGGAAUCGCGUCGCUGGUCAUUGUGUGCAUUGCAUUUCGCAAGAUGGAAGUCAUUGGCAGGAUCGCGCCCAAGGCCCCUUCCUCUGAUGGUGAGGAAGGCGUAAAGAAUGGGUAA